UUUAGGUUCCAUGAUAUGCCUGAUGUAGUCGAUUUCUUCGUUUUACAUCAGUAUUAUGAACAAUCACUAACAUUCGGUUGGGAAUCAGGAGAUAGAUUUCGUAGUGUAAUAGAUGAUGGCUGGUGGGAAGGUGCCAUCGUAAGUCGUGAACCAUUCCAAAAGGAAUUUCCUGAAAGCUUCUUCCAAUGUUAUCAAGUAAAAUGGGACUCUGGUGAAGAAGAAAGAUUAAGUCCGUGGGAUAUGCUACCAAUCCCUGAAUCUAGCGCAAACGUAGAUGAUCCUCAAAUAGCUUCAAGACCUACUGGUCCUGUUACUGGCGAAGAUUUAAUUGCGAUAACCUACACCACCUCUACCGAUGAGUGGCAAAAUGGAGAUCCAAAAUUGGAAAUGGAAAGAAUUAUUAACGGACUUACCGAAAUUAGUAAACUGCCUGAAGCUGAACCUUUUAUUGCAUCAGUUGAUUUAGACUCGUAUCCUACCUACUGUCAGAUAGUACCCUUUAUGACAGAUAUUGGAACAAUUAUUGAAAAGUUAAAAAAUAGAUUUUUUAGGAGAGUCGAUGCCCUCAUCUGGGAAGUAAAGUUAAUAGAGAAAAAUGCUAAAACUUUUAAUAUUCCAGAUAGUGAAAUCUGUCACUUGGCAAAAAAAAUGGCGAAGCUGGCCGUAGAUUUUAUAAGUAGCUGCAUAAUAUUAACUAUAUACUGUUUGUUAAAGGUUGAUGAUCUUGAAAUUAGCAAUCAGGUAAAUGAUGUAUUUAAUGUGUUACUAAUGUCUAUUUUUCUAUCUCAGAAUUAUCUAGAGAUUGUAGAAAAUCCGCGAGACUUAACAACUAUUCUUAAAAAUCUGGAUCAUAAUGCCUAUCAAACACCGGAAAAUUUCGACAGAGAUUGUAGAUUAAUAUUUUCAAAUUCUCGCCUUUUCAAUACCGAUGUCAGAUCAAAAAUAUUCGAAAUGACAACGAAACUUAAGGAGCUGUAUGAUGAACAUAUUCAAAGUGUAUUUAAUAAUGUGGAAGAAGAUGAGGACUUGCCAAUAAGCAAGAAGUUUGUGUAA